CCUCAGUUUACCACCAUUUUGUAAUCAGUUGGCAGCUCUGCUCCUCUCUUCAUCCAAGUGUCCAGGACAUUCAGCCACAGAUUUGAUGAUACAGCAACAUAGUUAAUCCUUGACUUUUGGCAAUACUUGUUCUAGUACUAAGUACACUUGUGCUCAAACAUUAUGUUUGUUAUAACCAAUCCUACGUAAGCGGUGAGGUCUCCCAGAAGAUCUAUAGAGUCCGUAGAUGGAACACAGACCAACGGUAAAAGAAGGCCAGAUGGUUCCAGAAGAGCACAGAGGCCUGCUCAUCACCCUCUUCCUGACGAGCUUCUUUUAGUGAGGGUUCUCCAAUUCCUCUUCCGGACGAGGCGCUGCAGGAUUAUUGGCUGAUUCCUGGGGGUAUUUUAUUAUGCUGAUAAUAAACAUUCUAAACAAGUGCACUUUGCUUUUUUUAACAACUAACCGACUACUGAUGGUUAACACAUCCAGGAAUCCCUUGACAUUUGCAUCUCUAUUCAUUCGUUGAUAGAGCUGACAUGGGAAGAUGUCACAGGAAGUAGGUGUAAAUAAAAAAGCAGGAAACACGUGCAGACCCUGCAGAGCAGCUCAGUCCACACAGAAACAGGCCUCUGCUAACUGUCUUCACAGAAGAAGGUGCCUCAAAGAUGAAAUGUUGUCACGGUUAUGAACAUAAACUACAGAAAAUGUGUUUUGUUACUGAUUUUUCACCAACAGGUUAACUUUCAGCUUUAUUUAAAAGUUUGUCGAAAAUGCUUGAUGUAAACCAGUCUCUGACCAACGUCUCUGCUGAGCUGCAGUAUCAGGGCUUACUGGAGAGAGUGAUGUUCUCCACUCUGACCACAGCCCCCUGCUGCGUCUUCCUCUUCAUUAAUCUGACCAUGUUAUUCACCCUGAGGAGUAAACCGGUGUUUUGUGAGACGUCUCGUUACGUCCUCCUGUUUAACCUCCUUUUUGCAGAUACUACGCAGAUGGCCCUGAGUCAGUUAAUGUACAUACUGGCUGCUUGCAGAAUUAGACUGACAUAUCCUGUCUGUGGUGUUCUCACCAUGCUUGGCGAGCUCACAAGUGAAAUCUCCCCUCUCACGCUGGUGUUGAUGUCUCUGGAGAGGUAUGUGGCUGUGUGCUACCCACUGAGGCACGCCACCAUCGUCACCAUCAGAAACACGGGGCUGGCUGUCCUCCUGGUCUGGGCUUUCAGUUCACUCAAUAUCCUCAUUCGAGUUGUGUUACUGUUAGACUUUCCAUUUUCAGAGCUGGAGAGCCUGCAGAUGAAAGAUUUUUGUAAUACACUUGGCAUGUUUCUUGGGACAGUAUCUGAUUUUUAUGACAAAGCCUACACCGGCUUCCUGUUUGUGUCGGCUGGUGUGGCAGUCACGUCCUCCUAUAUCGGCGUGAUGGUAGCAGCCAGGUCAGCCUCCACAGACAAAGCUUCAGCCCAGAAGGCUCGUAACACACUGCUGCUGCAUGUGGUGCAGCUGGGCCUCAGUCUCUCCUCCACCAUACACAACCCGAUGCUCAUCGCGGUCUCAAAGGUCCUGGACAGGUUCAUUAUUGUGCGCAUCCAGAUUGUUAUUUAUGUUUGUAUAAUCAUCUUGCCCAGAUGUCUGAGUUCUGUCAUCUACGGUCUCAGAGACCGGACCAUCAGACCCGUCCUCAGGUACCAUCUGUGCUGUCAGUGGAGACGCUCACCUUCAGUCUCAGAUGUCCCAAUCAAGGCUAAAAUCUGUCUUCAGUUAAUAGACAUAAAUUCUUAA